CCCUUCCAGCUGCUGCAUCUUUGAAAAGUUUCAUCCUCAAUAGACUGACGUCUAAACUCCUCCCACGAUCAGUGAUUGUCCAAUCAGAGCUCAGCAGUGUUGUCCACCUGUGGCGGUGAUGCACGUGAAGCUUCGGUGAUGAUGUCAUCUACAAAGGUGGAAUCUGUGGUGAAGGCGAGCGCUCUGGUUGGUGAAGGGCCAGUAUGGGAGGAGUCAGAGCAGACGCUGUUGUUUGUCGACAUCGUUGGGCAAAAAAUCCACCGCUGGAGUCCAGCGACCUGUCAGAUCCAGUCUGUGGAAACAGGUGACACAGUGGGCUUCGCAGUUCCUCGCAGGUCCGGUGGUUAUGUUGCAGGUGUGGGUCGCAGCAUUGUGGCUGUUGAUUGGUUGACUCAGAUGACGACAUCAUUGGUGGAUGUCGACGAGGAUAAACCGAACAACCGACUGAAUGACGGGAAGGUCGAUCCUGCUGGACGCCUGCUAACAGGUACGAUGGGGAAGGAGGUGAGGCCUGCACAGGUUCAGAGACAACAGGGGUCUCUGUUCUCUGUGACCUCUGACCUUACUGUGACCAAACACCUGAACCAGGUGGACAUAUCUAACGGUUUGGACUGGUCUUUGGAUCAGAAGACAUUUUUCUACAUUGACAGUUUGUCUCUGACUGUUGAUGCCUUUGACUACGACUCCAACAUGGGACACAUUGGUAACCGUCGGGUGGUGUACCACAUGGAGGAGGGGGAGGGGCUUCCAGACGGGAUGACAGUUGACGUUGAAGGUCGUCUCUGGGUGGCCUGCUACAACGGAGGACGAGUCAUCAACAUCGACCCCGUUACUGGUGUGCGGCUGCAGACGAUCUUUCUGCCGGUGACAAAGACCACCUCAUGUUGUUUUGGCGGUCCAGACUACUCUGACCUCUACGUGACCUCGGCCAGUCUGGGCCUCGACCAGUCAGAGAGGAGACAGCAGCCACUGGCGGGAGACACCUUCAGGGUGACAGGACUUGGGGUCAAAGGUCGUCCUUCAAACUCAUUUGCUGGAUGAUCUUCAGGGUACUUGAACAGCCAAUCACAGCACAGAUCACCUGCAGGAAGUGAUUAACAUGUUGACUGAUUGAUCCAGCCGUUAGCUGUUGGCAAUAUUAAUUUCUUAUAAGUGUUAGCUUACAAAGUACUUAAUUAUGGUUGUAUGUUGAUUUCCAGAAAAUAUUUGUUGAAGUUUAUAGCUGUAAAUAAAUGAGUAGACUGCCAGCCAAUCAGAAACAAGGAAUCUGUUACAGACAUUCGACAGCCAAUCAGAGUCAAUAAAUUCUUGCAUAUUCUUCCAUGUGACUUUGUA